AUUGGUAUUAUUUCAGCAUUAACCAUAUGGCUUCGAAGAAGCCGUCAGAAAAUACAAAUUGGUGACAGCGGUGAGUGGGCGAGCGAGCGCAGCUAAAGCCUGGGAAAAAAAGCGAGCAUGCCAAAGGCACAUCGCGGAACGGCAAGCCUGUGCCACUGACCUUGCAGUGGCAGGGACCAACUGCCUAGCAUGUUAAAUUACGGUGCGCUUAUACUUGCUACUUACUACCGCUUUAAUAUGAUCCUUCUUUGUACGAUACCGGCACAGUCUGACGGCGGUGAAAUGGCUGUUGCCCACUCAAUAUGCCUUCGCGUGAUCGGGACUCGGAUAAUUACGCUUUUGACAAUAAAACCACGUUUCAGCAGAAAUGUAUCUAUGCUAAAUAUAUUAAGGGUUACUAUAGCGUUUCUUGAUAUAUAGUUUUCCAAAUAUGAUUCAGUCAAUGAAACAUGUCUGUUGUUUUAUACUCUUUGCAGCCACAAAGGAAGAGAUGGCAAGAGAAAAAAAAAAACAAGAGAGUGCCCAUUCCACCGAUCAGGCUGUCAGAUGUGGAGGACUUGCCCCUCUCUGAAGGGGAUGUGAAUGCUAAAAAGAAGAACAUAAGACAGCAGGACAAGGCCAAGCAGGCAAAUCAGGCUGCAUCAAGAAAGCAGCAGUACGAGGCUGUUCUCCGACAGCACAUGGCACAUGCCCUAAAGAAUGUUGACGUUGCUAAGGAGGCUGCUGCACCAUUGCCCACACCUCGCACCUCCACCAAACAGUCACGAGGGUCACAAGUCAAAAGGAAGGUGUAUGAUGAAACCAGCGAUUCAACAGACGAUGAAUCGCUGGUUUCUUCAAAAGAGCUAAUAACUGCACGAAAAGAUGCUAAAUACUGGAAAAUGCAGUGCCGCAUUGAGCGGGAGCACAAUGCAUCAUUGAAAAAACACAUAGAGUUUUUGGAAAAUAACAUUAGAACACAGCUGAACAACUGUAAGCAUUACUUCAUAUUUAUUGUAGUUGAGUGUAUUAUAUGCUGUCUAACAAUGACUACUUUUCAUGUUUUCCUAGUUGCCCAAAUACUUGACAUGCAGAGAAGCGAGAGAUGUGAAGGUGAGAGACGACAAAAUCUGGAAACACCACUAGUGGCACCUGCUACAGAGCGGCCUCAACGAGUGGCUGCUUUUAUCGAAGACGCACCAGAUUUGCCUGUGCCAGACGCCUUAGACGAUACGAAAGGAUGCCAGGAUGGCAACUUUGUGGCCACAUCUGAUGGACGUUUCCACUCGUCUGGUGGAAUUUUCGUCACGCCUGAGCAAGCGGAAAAACUGUUCAGAAAUAAAAAGCCUAGCAUCCUUGUGAGAGAAACGGCCCAGGUGAUCUGGGGCAAUGAACUAUUGGCAAAAAGAAGUGUCAGCGGCAGACUCGCACCAACAAAAAGUGGCAGCAGCGAGCAGCCAUCCAAGCAGCUGACGCCUGCAAAGGUGGAGGUUGUUUAUGGUAGAUUGUCUGCGGCACUGGGGACAGAUACACAACCAGGACAUCGGCGCUGCGGAGCGUGCUCUGCCAAGGACCCUCAGUGAAAAAAUUCAAGAUGUAAAAAGAAAACUUCGCCUUCCACACUGAGAAAGUGCUGUCAAGUACUAGAGUACCACUGUAAAUAUUUUUAAAUAUACGUACAUUGUGUUUUUUA